AACUGGGUGCGCAGAAGGGGGCGGGCAAGGCAGGCAAGAGCGCUUGCCUCUCACUUCAUUGCCCUGUCGGCGAAAGACAUUUCUAACGCUGGGCUGUUUCGAUGGAUAUUAAAUAGAACUUGUCGCUGUUUAUUUAUUAUUGGACAAUAAUUUUUGAUUGAAUUUGUUGUUCUGGACUUGGCUUACCCACUGGCUACAAAGAGAUAGGAUCAGUGUGCUUUAAGGAGCCAAGAGAGUCAGACUUGUUGUAUCCAUAGCGCAAGGUUUGCUUUGUUCAGAGGCUGCAUUCGACAGAAAUUGACAUCGCCUAUUGUCCGCGAUGGACAAUUUAGAGAAAGGAAAUAGAUCAGACGAAGAUUUAGAAUCACCAGAAGAGGAAGAAGUGGACCCAAGAAUUCAGGGUGAACUAGAGAAGCUGAACCAAUCCACAGAUGAUAUCAAUCGAUGUGAGACAGAACUGGAGGAUGCACGGCAAAACUUCCGUUCCGUGCUUGUAGAGGCCACAGUAAAACUGGAAGAACUGGUUAAGAAGAUUGGGAAGGCGGUGGAGGAUUCCAAACCAUACUGGGAGGCUCGGCGUGUGGCCCGUCAGGCCCAACUGGAGGCCCAGAGGGCCACACAGGACUUUCAGAGAGCUACAGAGGUGUUACGGGCUGCCAAGGAGACCAUCGCCCUUGCUGAGCAGAGGCUUUUGGAGGAGGACAAGCGGCAGUUUGACUCCGCCUGGCAGGAGAUGCUCAACCACGCCACCCAGAGGGUAAUGGAGGCAGAGCAGACUAAGACACGUAGUGAGCUGGUGCACAAGGAGACAGCAGCCAAGUACAAUGCAGCCAUGAGUCGCAUGAAGCAGCUGGAGAAGAAACUAAAGCGCACAAUCAACAAGUCUAAGCCCUAUUUUGAACUGAAGGCAAAAUAUUACUUACAACUUGAGCAGCUGAAGAAGAAUGUGGAUGACUUGCAAGCCAGGCUGACCCUGGCCAAGGGCGAGUACAAAACAGCACUACACAACCUGGAGAUGAUCUCCGAUGAGAUCCAUGAGCGCCGGCGCUCCUCUGCUAUGGGGCCCCGGGGCCGGGGGGUCGGUGCUGAGGGUGAUAGCAACUCUGGCGAUGACAUCGCUAACUUCAAGAUGGAGUCUGAUGGCAUCUCCAUGACAUCGGAGUCCUUCGAGGAUGACCACUGUGGCAUCGCCAUGUCAGAGGACGACUCAGAGACCCAGUCCACCUGCAGCUUGAGCUCUGGAAAUGCCAGCCCUGUGGAUCUGCUCUGCCCCUUCCCCCCUUCCUCACCCUCUCCCUCUUCAUCCUCCUCACCCUCACCCUCACCCUCUUCUCGCCCCAGCAGUCUAGACCUGCCCAGCCCAAUCUCCCUGUCAGAUUUUGGCCUCAUCUCUCCUGUCCUGGGCCCUAGGAGUGAGUGCAGUGGAGCAUCUUCACCCGACUGUGACCUGGAACGAGGUGACCGGGCAGAAGGGGCAGAGAGUGAGCUGGACAACGUUCUCAACAACAACACCACCAACCAUAAGAAAAGCUUGGGGCUGGAGAGUCGCUUUGGACGCCUGUCCCUGAAGCGCCCAAAGAUGGACAGCACAAAGAAGACCGAACAUGACCGAUUUAGCCUGGCCCGGAUCCCUGCCCCCACUCUGGUUCUGUUCAACGGGGUGUGAGGGCAAGGUGUGUCCUACCCCCUUUCACCCACCAUCCCCACCUCUCCACCUCUCCAUGUCUGAGCUCUCCCACCCAUAAGCUCAACAAAAUGGCCAGACGUGCAUCAGAAAUGACUGAAACCACAAAGGUUACUGUAAAAAAGUUCUGAUUAUGUUGCUUAGAGAUGAGGUGUGAGAAGCCCUCGGGCUAAAUGCUGGUCACCUUUGCCCUCUUAGGUAGUGUACAUUCAGGACAGCAUGGGUUAUAGUGUUCAACAGUGUGAUUGUGAUUGUGUGGUUAUUGACUUGACCCCCAUAUCCUUCACCUACAGUACAUUACUGGCCUUCUGGCAGGGUCAGAGAGUCAUAGUAAGUGCAAGCUCUGUUAAUAUGGUGUCAAUCGGUGGUGUUUUGACAGACAUGUGAAUGUGCAGAUUUUGGAAACAUACAGCUCCUGGGCCAUAUGAUGUAGACUCAUAUGUUCAGGCUGUUUUUCAUGCCAUAUUACUUUUUCAAAAGGUAUCUUAGCUGACUGAGAUAUUAAGCUGAAAAUAUGUAAACAUCUUGGACUUUAAUACUGCCAGAGAUGUACCUCCUGCAGAACUCUACAAUCAUCACCUCUGAACCAGUCAAUAGCCUACUUUUCUGGAGCUAAAUCUAGCUCAGGUUGUUGUAUAUCAGUCUACAGGCUUGGUUUAGCUUAGUUGCACUGCAGUUUAUACCACAGAAGGACCAGCACUGCAUGGUGCAAUGGUCCCAGUCCUUCAUGUGGGGAAGCACAGACCAGCAGAGGAGGCAGAGCAAGACCACCCCAUUACCAUCCAAGCUAUAAUCAACUGCAUCCCCAAGAAGUCUUCUUAGCCAGAAAACAUAUCUCCAAACUUCACCACAACCAACACAUUCCUGAUACCCUCGCCCCCUUCUUCCAACCCUCUCUCUUCGAUCCAGUUCAGUACUUUAUUCCGGGUCAGUGCUUCAUGUUACAUUGUCACCUGCAGGGCGCACAGAAUAAAUGAGCUUCCAGAUGCUGUGAGACAGCACACCAGUCCCCUCAUCUGUCUCCCUGUCACCACUGUUCCUCGCACUGAACGAAGGAAGCCUGCAGCUUUCAAAAAAAGCAAUAUUCAAGCAUGGAAUUCUUAUUUUCCAGAUAUCACAGGGAUGUUUGGACAAUCAUAAACUUUCAGAGGUGACAUGUGAUGUGCCAGAAUUUUCUGGUACUACCAGUGGGUGGGUGUGAAACAUUGAAGGCGCACGGUAAGCCAACCCGACAAGCAAACAGUAUGCAGCAGACAAUAUUAAAAUUGAGUGUUGCAAUGAGCUGGAAGUGGGAAAGUACACCUCCCACCUUCUUCUUCUGUAAUUCACAGCAUCCGCUUAGCCUUGAGCUGUUCUUGCGGUCACCUGGAUGGCUGUCUGUACCAUGCCCAUGCGGCCGGUCUGAUCUCUAGUAUUGUGUUUGACUCUGUGUGCAUAAUGUUGUAGAGUUAAACCCGUCUUUAUCGCUCCCAGUGGUACUCUUGUGUGUUAUCAAAAGGAGAAUAGGGAGAUUCCAUGCAGAACAGUAUUUUUCCAAUGUCUCGUUUUGGUGUCUAAUGAAUUUGUGUACCCAUUUUCAGACUAAAUAAAGAGAUUAUCACCACAA